UUGCAUUUACGUACAAACCAAAGUUUAUGUUUUCAAGUUGUCAAAAGAUCAAUACAAUUUAUAAGGAUUAUAUGAAUUAACUAUUAAAACAAGUUAAAAAAAGUAUGGAUUUCAACGUUAAAAAAAUGGUGAAAGAUGCCGGCGCUGCUUUAAGCAGAGCAAUACAGCUGACUGAAGAAAAAUUGGGUACUUCGGAGAAAACAGAACUGGAUGCUUAUUUUGAAAAUCUUUGGAGCAGAGCAGAGAAUACGAAGAACUUUACAGAGAAAAUUGUGAAAAAUACAGAAGCGGUUUUAAUACCGAAUCCUGGUAAUAGGAUCGAAGAUUAUAUCUACGAAAAAAUCGAAAAGCAGAGACCGUCGAGGUUAAGUAAUUUGGAAUAUUUAGGAAUGGAUAUGGUCGAAGCUGGUACAGUUUUGGGACCUGGAACUGCUUAUGGAAGUUCUUUAAUAAAAGUUGGGCAAUGGGAGCAGAAAUUAGGGCAAACGGAAAGAGAUUUUAUCGGUUCUGCUGGUAUGUGUUUUACUCAACCGUUGAGAAAAUUUCUCGAAACUGAAAUGAAAACCAUUAUUAAAGAAAAGAAUUUAUUGGAAGUCAAAAGGUUGGAUCUGGAUGCUUGCAAAAACCGGGUCAGAAAGGCGAGGAGCAUGUUAGGACAACCAACUAAGGAUGGAGUUUCACCUGAAGUAGCAUUAGAACAGGCCGAAAGGGAAUUAAGAAUAGCCCAAUCUGAGUUCGAUAGACAAACGGAGAUAACUAAACUUCUUCUAGAAGGCGUAGGCAGUUCACACGCCGCCCAUUUGAGAUAUUUGUAUGAAUUCGUCGAGACGCAGGCGAGAUUUUAUUCACAAUGCACAACUAUUAUGACAGAUCUUCAACGAGAAUUGACAAGUUUAUCCAGUAGUCCCUCUGUUAGUCCUACUCAAAAUAACACUAUCCCGGACGAUAUGAAAAAAGCGAAGUCCAUCUACGAUUACACAGCUAAAGACAGCACCGAAUUAAGUCUUAAAGCUAACGAGGUGAUAUACAUAAAAGAAAUUCAAAAUUCCGAUUAUUACCUCGGGAAAAAUAGCAAAAACAACCAAGGUUUAGUACCAAAAGCGUAUUUAGAAGUGAUCACUUAAGUGAUGGUUCUUCGGCUUCUCUCUAUUCAAUUAUUCGACUCCGUAUGAAAUAAUUUAUUGCAAAGAUACAUUUUCGAAAGAUAUUCGUUUCACAAAAAUAUAUUUUUUUUUUAAUUGACUUGAUUCAAUGCUUAAAAUGGACACGACACUGAUUUUGGUGAAACUAUUCACCUGCUUCUGUAUAUUUUAUUCCAAUAUCAAAAACAUUCCGAACUACUGAGAUAUUUAUAUGAUUAACGUAAAUUUUUUAUUUAUAAAUAUAUUGUUAGAAAAAAAUUUAAAAAAAAAACAGUUUAUCAACGAUCCGAUCUUUUUAAAUCGUUAUUAGGUUGAAAUUUUUGGCACCGUUGGUGAUAUUCACACUGUAUACACUACCGCUACACCGACACGGACGAUUACACCGUUUCGACGAGACUGAAGACUGUUUACACCAAAACAACAUCAACACUCACGAUUACACCGUCCGACGCGCGUCCUCAGACUCGUUACUUGUUUUAUACUAAACUUUCCCGCCGAUAAACCUUCUCCCGCGAAAAUUAUUUAAGCGGGAAAACCUCCUUGGCGGGAACCUUAACAUCGACUACUUAACUAUAGAGUGGGCUGUAAGGAUUAAGGGCCGUUUGUCCUUAUUUAAGCUGUAUAUUGGACAAACUAAAAGAUUUGUUAAUGUCCGGUUUAAACAGCACAUUUAAAAAAACGAAUAUUGCCGGUCAUAAUCAUGACAUGAAUGUAACAUCGACGAAAAAUGUGUCCAAUAAUAAGUUGGAUGCAUCCGUAAGAGCUAAAUAAGGACGAAGGGCCCUUAAUCCUUACAGCCUACUCUAUAGUUUAGUAGUCAAGGAAUAAAUGUGAAGUUUCCCGCCUUAUUAAUUGUGAGUGGUGGUGUAAACAGUCUUCAGUCUCGUCGAAACGCGCGUUGGUGUAGUUGUAGUGUAAACGGUAUGAAUAUAACCAACGGUUCCCAAAAAUUCCUAAUUAUUGAGUCGAUUGUGGUCGGAAAUCAUUUUAUCAGUCUUCCAGUAUGCUUUUAUUAGUUUUAAAAUCGAAAAUUACUACAUCGGAUGUUUUUUCAAAGAUAUUUCACGCGAAAUUUGACAACGCUGUAACGUAUUCGACAAAUGACACGUAUCAGUUAUAGACUUUAAUUCGACUUAAUGCAAUAAUAUAAUAAUCAAUUCGAUACUUUGUGCAAUUACAAAAAGCUUUUAUUAUAAAAUAUAAAUAUAUAUAUAUAUAUAUCAUAAAUUAAUCUACGAGGGUAAAUCAAAAAUUACUUGCCACGAGCUUCCGGUAGAAGUCAAUUUUGCUCUUUGAGCGAGGAAAGCGUCGUCCUGUAGCGAAUUAGUGUACGUCGCUGGUAAAUUAACGCAUGCGCAUAACCAUCGCUUUCUAACUUAAUUUGAUGACGUUGCAGAAUAAAAAAUGCGAGUAAUUUUUGACGUACCGUAGUUAUAUUGUUAUUGUUAAUAAUCCACAUGUUGAAAUAAACAGUUUUUAAAUGAAA